AUGAGUGCUUACGUUUAUGAAUCAAAUGGACAAAAUGGGAUGCCAUCAAAACAGCGAGCUGCAAACGGUGGACAUUCACAACGAAAUUCAGUUGAUGAUUAUAUGAUGCCAGAAGAAGAAUGGGAACGUGAAGCUGUGCUCGAUCCAGCAUGGGAACGGCAACAAAAAAAAACAUUUACUGCUUGGUGUAAUUCGCAUUUACGUAAAGUUGGCACAUCAAUUGAAAAUAUUGAAGAAGACUUUCAAAAUGGUCUGAAAUUAAUGCUUCUACUUGAAGUUAUAUCUAAUGAACAACUUCCUAAGCCUGAUCGUGGCCGAAUGAGAUUUCAUAAAAUAGCAAAUGUAAAUAAAGCAUUGGAUUUCAUUACAAGUAAAGGUGUUAAAUUAAUGGUUGGCGCUGAAGAAAUCGUCGAUGGCAAUUUAAAAAUGACAUUGGGAAUGAUAUGGACGAUUAUUUUACGUUUUGCUAUUCAAGACAUUUCAGUCGAAGAAAUGUCUGCAAAAGAAGGUUUAUUGUUAUGGUGUCAACGUAAAACAUCACCAUAUAAAAAUGUUAAUGUACAAAAUUUUCAUACCAGUUUCAAAGAUGGCCUUGCUUUUUGUGCACUUAUUCAUCGCCAUCGUCCUGAUUUAUUGGACUAUAGCAAAUUGACUAAAGAUGAUCCUUUGUCUAAUUUAAAUCUUGCUUUUGACAUCGCUGAAAAACAUUUGGAUAUACCGAAAAUGCUUGAUGCUGAAGAUAUGGUCGAAACUAUAAGACCCGAUGAAAAGUCAGUUAUGACAUAUGUCAGCGCUUACUAUCAUGCCUUUGCUGGCGUUUUUCAGGCUGAACAAGCAGCUAGUCGUAUAUGUAAAGUAUUGACUAUAAAUCAAGAAAAUGAACAAAUGAUGGAGGAAUACGAACGAUUAGCAUCGGAUUUACUCGAAUGGAUUAAACAAAAACGUCCUUGGUUAGAGAAUCGUGCUACAGACAAUACACUCGAUGGUACACAAGCGAAAUUAGGCGAAUUUCGAGAUUAUUGUCGUUCGCAAAAACCACCAAAAUUAUCACAAAAAGCAAAACUUGAAACCGAUUUUAAUACACUUCAAACACGUCUUCGUUUAUCGAAUCGACCAGCUUUUACACCUAAUGAAGGCAAAUUACUUGCUGAUAUUGUCGAUGCUUGGAAAGGUCUUGAAUUAGCUGAAAAAGGUUUCGAAGAUUGGCUAUUGAAAGAAUUACGUCGCCUUGAACGUCUUGAUCAUUUGGUUAAAAAAUUUCAACACAAAUGUGACAUACAUGAAGAAUGGUCAAAUGGAAAAAUUGAUUUGUUAAAAUCAUCGGAUUUUAAACAAUGCUCAUUAAAUGAUCUUCGAGCAUUGUCACGUAAACACUUAGCAUUCGAAAGCGAUCUUGCGGCGCAUCAAGAUCGUGUCGAACAAAUAGCUGCUAUAGCACAAGAAUUAAACGUUCUUGGCUACGAAAAAAUACAAGCUAUUAAUCAACGUUGUCAGAAACUUUGCAACGAAUGGGAUGAACUGGGUGAUUUAACACAAAAACGACGUUCAACAUUAACAGACGCGGAGAAAAUCGUCGAACGUAUCGAUAGUCUAUUUUUGGAAUACGCAAAAAAAGCUGCACCCUACUCCAAUUGGCUCGAUGGUGCACGUGAAGAUUUAAUUGAUAUGUUUUUUAUUCAUACACUCGAUGAAAUAUGCGGUUUAAUCGAAGCUCAUAAUCAAUUUAAAGCAACAUUAGGAGAUGCUGAUGCUGAGUACAAAACUAUAAUGCGUCUUGUUGAUGAUGCACAGCAAACAUCUAAAGAUAAUAAUCUCGAUUUACCACCUAAUCCAUAUACAAAUAUUCAAUCUGAAGAAAUAAAAUCAAAAUGGAAUGAAGUUCAAGCUCUGGUACCUCAACGUGAUCAAGAUCUACAAACUGAAUAUGCUAAACAACAACAAAAUGAACGUUUUCGUUUACAAUUCGCUCAGAAAGCAAACGUUGUUGGCCCAUGGAUAGAACGACAACACGAACUACUUCAACAAUUAACCGUUCAAGUUGUUGGCACACUAGAACAACAUCAGAAAAAACUCGAAACAAUGGAAACUAGCGCCGCUCAAUAUCGUCCACAUAUUGAUGAACUUGAAAAGUACAAUCAACAAAUUCAAGAAUGCAUGAUUUUCGAAAAUCGUCAUACACCGUAUACAAUGGAAGUUAUACGUGUUGCAUGGGAACAGUUACAUACACAAUUGACAAGGCAAAUUGCUGAAAUUAAAAAUCAAAUUUAUACAUUAGAGAAGAAAGGCAUUAGCGAAGAACAAAUGAAUGAAUUUCGCGCUGCUUUUGCUCAUUUUGAUAAGAGCCGAAGUCGACGACUUGAUCCAAAAGAAUUUCGUUCGUGCUUAAUUGCUUGCGGCUACAACAUACGUGAAGAUCGACAAGGUGAUGCUGAUUUUCAACGCAUUAUGGCAAAUGUCGAUCCAACACAUACAGGCUUCGUUACAUUUGAAUCCUUUUUGGACUUUAUGACACGUGAAUGCUCCGAAGAAGAUAGUGUUGAUCAAUUAACACUUGCUUUCAAGACGCUAUCUGCCGAUAAACCUUACAUAACAGCUGAAGUGCUCAAACGUGAAUUGCCACCGGAUCAAGCUCACUGGUGUAUACAACGUAUGAAACCAUACACAGGUGCCGAUGGUGUGCCCGGCUCAUAUGAUUAUAAAACAUUUUCAUCUGCUCUCUACGGCGAAUCGGAUCUUUAA